AUGUAUCUAAAUGCAAAAGGUCUUCGUGAAACUAUCAAAGAAAAUAAUGAUGCUUCGAUGCAAGAUCGAGCAAAGGCAAUGAUUUUCAUUUUCCAUCACCUUGACCAAGGGUUAAAAGAUGAGUAUCUCACUGUGAAAGAGUCCUUUCAACUCUGGAAAGAUCUGAAAGAAAGAUAUGAUCACCAGAAAACACAAUAUACAGAGAAAGGUUUUAUCAAAUACUCUCAAUUGAUUUCAUGCCUUCUGGUGGCUGAACAAAAUAAUGAGCUGUUGUUGAAAAACCACGAGUCACUCCCUAUUGGCUCAAUCCCAUUCCCUGAAGUGAAUGAGGUAUCAUAUUAUAAUGAAAAUACAAAGGGCAGUGGUCGUGGCUAUGGACGCGGUUGCUGUCAUGAAAAAUACCGUGGUCAAAAUCGUUAUGGUGGUCAAAACUUUAAAAAUAAAAGUUACCACCGAAAAGGGGAAAGUGCUAGUGCAAAACACGACAAGGAAAAACGUGAAAAUUAUCCCAAAAAUGAAAGUAUAUGUUAUCGUUGUGGCAAGACUGGCCAUUGUGAACGCGCUUGUUGUACAUCAAAGCACUUUGUGGACCUCUAUCAAGCUUCCCUGAAAGGAAAGGGACAAAAUAUAGAGUCUAACAAUGUUUUUAUGGAUAACGAUUUUGAUAACCCACAGUUGAAUGUGGAAGAUUUUCUUGGGCCAGUUGAACAUCAAAAUUGA